UUGUUUUCUAUUUGGGAAGAAAUUAUCCCCCCUCCAUUCUUCACCGUUUGUUUAUAUUUAGAAUGUAUACACACUCCUCAACUGAAUUGAAUUGAGGUAAGAGUUAAGUUUGCAUCUUGCUUAGACAGCUGGCUCAGAUAUUGACUAGCGGUGCCGUUUUAAUUCACUGUAGAUCUGGGCAGGGUAUCAUACAAAUUGAGAUGACAUGUUUGCUGUAUGCAAAUUCAUGGAUUCAGAGAAUGUAAAGACCAGCGAGAUGCCUGUGGAAAAAGAGCGGCGGCUCUCUGAUUUUGAGAAGGGAGAUUUUGGCGGUGCAAUUGCUCUGCAAAAUAGGAAAUUCAGUGGAAGAGCACAGAUUGAAGGAGCAGAAAAUUUGAGGCAUUUCUGCAAGAUUUGCGAGCGGCGGUUUGCAUGCGGAAGGGCUCUUGGUGGGCAUAUGAGAAUUCAUGGCGACAGUGAGAAAUCAAAUCCGAGGGUAAUUGGUACAGAGGCCGCCAUGAAUGGGUGGUGUGAAGCUCCAGUGCAAGAUGGGACAGAUUUGAAAAAGAGGACAAAUGACCUGGCUUAUGCACUUCGUACGAAUCGGAAGCGGAGUUGGGUGUUGACGGAGCAAAGUGGUGCUUUACUCACUGGAAUGCUUGAGGAUGGUCGGCCGGCAUUAGUGGUUACCAGUUCACGGGCCUGUGAUGAAUGUGGAAAGGAAUUCUCCUCGUGGGAGGCUCUGCUCGCCCACAUGAAAUGCAGCCAUUCGGGGAAUCGUGAACAAAUCUUGUACCAGGAGAACCAGAGCCCUGUUUCACAGAUCCAACUACAACCGGCGGCGAAGGGCAAGCGGUCCAAGAGAGUGAAAUGCCCAGAUGACUGUCAUUCCCCUGCCGCAUCGGGAACCAAAUACAAUGAAGAGGAAGACAUGGCUAAUUGUCUGGUAAUGCUUGCCAUGGCAGGGAAAAGCAGCUCGUUGGAGAAACCCACGCAAGGGAAAACCAAAUUCUUAGAUGACAGUGAUAAGAUUGAUGGAACUGGUAAGAAGUACAAGUGUAGGACUUGUCAGAGAGUUUUUUCUUCGUUUCAAGCGCUGGGAGGGCACAGAGCAAGCAACCAUCAUUACAAUUGCUCUGCCCCUUCUAAAAUUGGAAACGACAGCAGCUGCUCAGAAGAUGAAAUCGUGACUAGGGAAGAGGGUCUCUUCACAGCAGAGACAGAGGGCUACUCUGUUGUUCUCCCUGAGAAGAGAAAAUGGGACCAAGAAGUUACAAACAAUGAAUCAGCUGCAAAGGGAAGGCUUCAUGAAUGCUCAAUUUGUGAGAGGAAGUUCUCAUCUGGACAAGCUCUGGGUGGUCACAAGAGGUGUCAUAGGACCACCAGUGCUGCAAUGGUUCAUUGCUCUCAAAUGCAGGAAAGUGUUGAACAAGACAAGACAUCCUUACUACCCCAUCAUAGAGGUCAGUUGAUAGAUCUCAACCUACCUGCUCCUUGUCAUGAUGAUCAAUACGAAGCAGAGCAUACUGACAAAGCUGCAACGCCCAUUCCCAAUGAUCUGGUCCAGAUGAUGAAGCCGAGAGUAUUAAAAGAGGAUUUGGCUAAUGACCAGGAUCUUCCAUUCCAUUAAAGUUCCACAGCAUGAUGUUUUGUUAAAAAAGAAAUCUGAUUGUUUCUGUCUCAGUUGUGAGUUUUUUCUGGCUCUCAUGCUUAGGUACAGCAGCAGCAGCAUUUCAAGAUUAUAACUGCAGACUCGUGAUUUUGUUUCAGCACGGAGGGGAAUUGAUGUUGACAGCUAAGCUAUAAACAAUGGACAUGAAAUCCAUAUGUGGCAUAUACCCUGCAAUUUGCUUACCUGCUUUUCAGUAGAGAUUUAGAAGUGAUAGGAAUUAGUUAAUUGUCAGCUCAUGUAAUUGAAAUUUUAUUGCUCUAAACAUGGUUCUGAAGGAGCCCAUUUCUUCAAUAUCAUGAGAUAAUGAAGUGAAUUAAAAGAAAAUGUUAGCCAAGAGAAACAGUACGUUUCAAGGCAAACUUCACUGACUUGGUUUUAACAGAAUAUUUUUAUGAAUAAAAGGUCCUUCCAAACUUUGUCAAGUAGGC